AUGCCUAUCUCGGGUACGCAAUUGACAUCCAUCCCGGGGACGACGGAAUCCGCGACAAGCUCGGCUGCCAACGUGGGCACAGACGACCUUCCCCUUCGAAAUGCGUGUGACAGUUGCAACGCGGCGAAAGUGAAGUGCUCUAGGGAUAGGCCAUCCUGCCGGCGCUGUCAUAGCCGCAACAUUUCCUGUGUAUAUGGGGUGUCCCUACGAGGGGUUAAACGUGCAGCAACAUCGAAGCGCACCGAGAACAACUUUCUACGCACCCCUCCGCUACAGGAGCCGUUUUCCCCCUCGACGACUCCCAGCUUUCCUGAGGAAUUACUCCAAGAUUGGGAAUAUGCCUUGCCCGCCGAUUCCUUCCCUGGCAAGGAGAUCGACCUGGAUAACCGAUUUCAUCUUCUCAAUCCUCCGCUGGCCGACUCAUACAACCUGGCCGGCGUUGCUGCCAGGGCUACUAAUUUACCUACCCAUCCGAAUUCAUCGACCUCCACACCACAUGCCUCAUUAUUUGGCACCACUUGCCACUGUCAAAGUAUCCUAGCUCAGAAGCUGGCGAAUCUUAGUGUUCGGCCGCAGUCGGAUACGGUCGCCUUUGACGAGUUCCUAAUCAAGCACAAGGCGACCAUGGCUGUCUGUAUCUCGGUGCUAGAGUGUACCAGUGCCCAUCAUAAACAGGGGAUCCUGGUACUGGUGGAACUCGUCGCCUUAUUAAUCCAUAUUCUGGAAGGGUUUGAUCAGGUAAUAUGUGGGCUAGAUAGCCACGGAAGACAGUCCCCCACGUCCGUGCGACUUUCUCUCGGGUCGUAUCAGCUUGACCACGGGGAAGAGCGGGUUUUACAGGCCAAUCUUCUUCGAAUUGAGCUGGCCAAGGUCGGAACGUUAAUACAAAGCCUCAAUCAACAAUACAGUCCCACGAUAAAUGGUACUCGGACCGGGGACAUAUCCCUAAUAUCUCCGUUACUCGCGGAUCUGAAGAAGCAAGCUCGUGCCAAGUUCGAUCGAAUUCGGGGUUGGGAACCGUGUCUCUGA